AUGCAUUACUUCCUGGCUUAUAAAUGGGAUGAGUACACUUCAGGACCAGCAGCAGCAGGCUGUACUGGAAAUUGCAACUUUGGCAACACACAAACGGACAGUGACAACACGCAGCUGGACUUCGCCUUUAAUCCUUGCGCUCUUUCACACCACCUUGUAAACAGAAGUAUGACGAAAAUAAGCUCACCAACAGAAUUGGAGAAGAUGACCAAAAUGAAAAAUCACAUCCAAGUUCUCAUGAAGGCAAAAAACAGAGCACUGACUGUUAGGCAAGAUGCAAACAAACAAUUUGUCGUUGGUACAACUAAAAAGGAAACUAAAGUGGAAGUAAGAUUUCAGAGAAGCCCGGGUUCACACCCAUUCUACGUGUCCUUUGUGUUUAAGCAUAAAUCAAAAAAAUAUUAUCUUUACUGCAAAUGGACAAGCAAUAAACCACAAUUAAUACUGACGCCUGAGGGCAAACAUAAUCAGUUCAACAUACCAGCCUCAGAAAGAUCCAACCUCUUCAAGAUGACGAUGGACAGCAAACGAUAUAAAUUUCAAUCCUACCUGAGUGAUGACUGGUUUCUCAGUGUGAGCAACAACAUUCUUGUUCUGAACAAUAGAGCUAGAAGAGAAAGCGCUCUCUUUGACUUAGAAUCGUAGUCUGGCACUGGAAUAUUUGACUCUUCUUGUUAGAUGAGGAGAGCUUUGUUAGUUUUCCUGGUCAUCUUUUCCUAGGUUGUGGGGAGCUUAUUACCCUGGCUAGAACUAAGUGAUUUGAAAGCUUUUAUAUCGUCUAUGUGCCUGCCCUUCUGACAAUAUGAAUGAAAUACUGCCCUCAUUGCUGUCAGUCCAAUGGCCUCUUCAGGCAAAGUACGGUUCAGAAUGAUUUGGCUCUAAUCACUGCUCAAAAUGAGCAAACAAAUUCGGAGGAAUAGGCCAUUUUGUUUCGUAUUCCACCAUUCGAUAAAAUCAUAAUUAUCAACUUCAAUUUCCUGACCAAACCCCAAGUCCCUCACGUCCCAUAUGGUCAUAACAUCUCUCCUUUCAGCCUUGAAUGUACUUGACUACUGACCAUCGUGGGGAGAGCGAUUGUAAAAAUUCACAACCCACUGAGUGAAGACAUUUAUCCUCAUCUCUGUCUUCAAUGGUCUGUAUUGUGUGGUUGCAGCCACUUUCCCUAGACCUUCCAGUGCAUUGGAAUAACCUGAUCAUGUCCAAGCCAUUGAGAACACAAAACACUGCAGCAGCAGUUGGCCAUUCGGCUCUCGAGCUCUGUCGUGAUUCAUAGAAUCAUUAAAUUCCUACAGUGUAGAAGCAGGCCAUUCAGCACAUCGAAUCUAAACCAACCUUCCAAACAGCAUCUCACCCAGACCCACCU